AUGCUAAUAGUAAACCUAAUUGAAUGUAAUAAUUUCGGACUCUGUCUCCGUGCCACAUCUCGCACCGAAAUGACAUUAAUCGAUUCAUAUCGCUUUAAAUUCGAUGUAGUUCAAUUAUUCCCAGAAGAGGACGUUUUCAUGAGUGUUAUGAGAAAUUUUAAGUAUUCGGAACUAAAAAUUCCAAAAAUCAAUACAUUUGGAAGUGAUCGAAAUCUGAUUUACCUGGAGAAAUUCACUCAUUCACUUGCAUAUAUUCUGAAUUAUUGUAAUAUUACGAAACUGGAAGUGUUCGAGAUAUCAGGAAUGCAUACUCAUGUUCUGAAGAGACUUCAUCAAUUAGUGGCACCUCAAUCGAUUCAUGUCAAGUAUUUCUAUUCGGAUCUGCUUCACAGCACUUCCUCUUUCUUCCUCCACUGCUGCUGGAAUCGAAUGGAAAGCAUCAUUUUUGAGAAUUUCCGCAAUUUUCAUGUCAAGGAUCUUAAGAAAAUUCCAUCGCCACAAAAUAUGGAAACUAAUGAGAAGAAAUUCGUGAUGAGAUAUGUCGUUGAAGAUUUUGACGCAUUAGAAGACGAUAAAUCUUAUGGUGUGACAGAAGAACACUACGGAAUUCCAUGGAAAAUGCAUAUUCAAAAAAGCAGUAAUCAAUUUUCCUUCAAUUUUGAAUGUCUGAGAGAACAAAACAGCGAGUGGUCGUUCGACACUGAAUUCACUUUCAAGUUACAAACGGCGAAAGAUUCCCUCCAAUCGACUCACUUCUGGUCUUAUAACAGAAAUCAAAAACAGUGGGGUUGGGUAAACCUUAUGGGUUUGAACAAACUGUUGGAGAAAUUUAUAACAGACGAGAAACCAAUCACGUUCGAAAUGAACGUGCGAAUUCUGAAAAUGGUUGGAUGCGGGAAGGAGAAGUUGAAACGAUUCGAUGAAUCAAUGAAAGAAUUAUCGGAUGUUGUGUUGGUUGUGAAGGAUAUUAAGUUUUAUACAUUGAGAAUGUUCCUCUCCAUCCAAUCCUCGUAUUUCAAAUCACUUUUUCUCGGAAAUUUUGAAGAAUCUCAGAAGUCAGAAGUGACACUCACUGGAAUCGAUCCAGAAGAUUUUCAGAAUUUUCUUGAACUUAUUCAUGGUGAACCUUCUGUUAAUGAUGCCACUGUCGAUGGAAUUCUUCACCUGGCGGAUAUGUACGACGCACCAACUGCUAUCAAAAGAUGCGAAGAGUUUCUGCUGGAAAAAUCGAAGAAAACAUUGAAAAAUAAACUGCAAAUUUCGACUCGAUACAAUUUGAAGAUUUUGAAGGUACCUCGAUUGAAAGUUUUAUUCUGA